AUGUUUGCCUCAACCUAUGUACAUUUUUCUUUGACAAUCUUAUUAAUUUUCAUUUUAUUCUUUACAGUGGCUAUUUUUAUCUUACCCCUCAUUUCCGCCUUCCCCAAAGGACGUGACUGUGAGGUGCACAAUUGUGAACUGCAGGACUAUAAACCAAUUUGUGGAACAGAUGACAAAGGUGACACUAAAACAUUUACCAAUUAUUGUAUACUAAAAACUGAAAAUUGUCUACGCAAUCAAAAUUAUCAAAAAACCGCAGACGGCGAAUGUCCCUAGAUGCUCUGUUAUUCUUUAUUUUAUAAUAAAAAAAACACAAAACAAUUAUUUUAAUUUUUUUCUUUAUUAUUUUUAAAUUUAAUUCCUAUUUAUACAUUUUUUAAUUUACUUUUACAUACUAAAUAGUUUAUAAAAUUAUCGGAUUUAUUACAUAUAAUAUUCUCUUCUUUAAUUAGUUCUCUUCAAUAUUAUUUCUUUUCUUUUUUACAUUGUGCUAAAUAUUUCUUGAAUUUAUUGAAAGAAAUG